AUAACACAGUAAUACCUUACAUAACACAGUAAUACCUUAUAUAACACAGUAAUACCUUUCAUUAACACAGUAAUACCUUACAUAACACAGUAAUACCUUAUAUAACACAGUAAUACCUUUCAUUAACACAGUAAUACCUUACAUAACACAGUAAUACCUUACAUAACACAGUAAUACCUUGCAUAACACAGUAAUACCUUACAUAACAAAGUAAUACCUUACAUAACACAGUAAUACCUUACAUAACACAGUAAUACCUUACAUAACACAGUAAUACCUUACAUAACACAGUAAUACCUUACAUAACAAAGUAAUACCUUACAUUACAAAGUAAUACCUUACAUUACAAAGUAAUACCUUACAUAACACAGUAAUACCUUACAUAACACAGUAAUACCUUUCAUUAACAAAGUAAUACCUUUCAUUAACAAAGUAAUACCUUUCAUUAACAAAGUAAUACUUCACAUAACACAGUAAUACCUUACAUAACACAGUAAUGCCUUACAUAACACAGUAAUACCUUAUAUAACACAGUAAUACCUUACAUAACAGUAAUACCUUACAUAACACAGUAAUACCUUACAUAACACAGUAAUACCUUACAUAACACAGUAAUACCUUACAUAACACAGUAAUACCUUACAUAACACAGUAAUACCUUACAUAACACAGUAAUACCUUUCGUUAACAAAGUAAUACCUUACAUAACACAGUAAUACCUUACAUAACACAGUAAUACCUUAUAUAACACAGUAAUACCUUACAUAACACAGUAAUACCUUACAUAGCACAGUAAUACCUUACAUAACACAGUAAUACCUUACAUAACACAGUAAUACCUUACAUAACACAGUAAUACCUUACAUAACACAGUAAUACCUUACAUAACACAGUAAUACCUUUCAUUAACAAAGUAAUACCUUACAUAACACAGUAAUACUUUACAUAACACAGUAAUACCUUACAUAACAAAGUAAUACCUUACAUAACACAGUAAUACCUUACAUAACACAGUAAUACCUUAUAUAACACAGUAAUACCUUUCAUUAACAAAGUAAUACCUUACAUAACACAGUAAUACCUUACAUAACACAGUAAUACCUUAUAUAACACAGUAAUACCUUACAUAACACAGUAAUACCUUACAUAACACAGUAAUACCUUACAUAACACAGUAAUACCUUACAUAACACAGUAAUACCUUUCAUUAACAAAGUAAUACCUUACAUAACACAGUAAUACCUUUCAUUAACAAAGUAAUACCUUACAUAACACAGUAAUACCUUACAUAACACAGUAAUACCUUACAUAACACAGUAAUACUUUACAUAACACAGUAAUACCUUACAUAACACAGUAAUACCUUACAUAACACAGUAAUACCUUACAUAACACAGUAAUACCUUACAUAACACAGUAAUACCUUUCAUUAACAAAGUAAUACUUUACAUAACACAGUAAUACUUACAUAACACAGUAAUACCUUACAUAACACAUUAAUACCUUACAUAACACAGUAAUACCUUACAUAACACAGUAAUACCUUACAUAGCACAUUAAUACCUUACAUAACACAGUAAUGCCUUACAUAACACAGUAAUACCUUUCAUAACACAGUAAUACCUUACAUAACACAGUAAUACCUUACAUAACACAGUAAUACCUUACAUAACACAGUAAUACUUUACAUAACACAGUAAUACUUACAUAACACAGUAAUACCUUACAUAACACAGUAAUACCUUACAUAACACAGUAAUACCUUACAUAACACAGUAAUACCUUACAUAACACAGUAAUACCUUACAUAACACAUUAAUACCUUACAUAACACAGUAAUACCUUUCAUUAACAAAGUAAUACUUUACAUAACACAGUAAUACUUACAUAACACAGUAAUACCUUACAUAACACAGUAAUACCUUACAUAACACAGUAAUACCUUACAUAACACAGUAAUACUUUACAUAACAAAGUAAUACCUUACAUAACACAGUAAUACCUUACAUAACACAGUAAUACCUUACAUAACACAGUAAUACCUUACAUAACACAGUAAUACCUUUCAUUAACAAAGUAAUACCUUACACAACAUAAUCUUCAGACACAUCAGUUAAAGUUUAGCUACAUUUUUAAUCAUGUUCAUGAAGCUGUGUGUUGUCAGUAUUAGUCAAUGUAUUAACCCAGAUAAAUAGUUGUUUUAUUAAAUUGUAUUGUUAUUGGUACGUUUUAACAUGAUGGUUGAACUUCUUUAUAUAGGAACAAUAAAUUACCUUAGUUAUUUGAACUUACAUUGCCUAUGUAUUAUUGUAACCACGAACAAGUGGUAUUAAUUGACUAUGUGUAUUCAAUAUUUGAAGGAGCCUCGGGUUCAGUGUUAUAGACAAUACUUUCACUAUACACAGUGUGAACUUUUUAAGAGUGUUGUUUAUUAUGCAUAACAGCCUCAUCAAAAUAAAUAAUAUCAGUCGAGUGUAAGUAAAGAAUAAGAAUUACAUUGAUUACCUGAAGAGAAACAUUUAUGGAUUAUAUUUUUUGGAGAUUUAUCAGUAUAUUUUAUUAACAUAGAUGAAAGCUCUUUCACUAUAAAAUUUAUAGGUUAUCCUAGAGUUCAUAGUGUUAAAAAAAAGUAAGAUUAAUUAAAACAAAUAGAUUAAUGAGGAGAAACUGAUUUAUUCUUUAAGACCAUCUAAGAGCAUUUUCUGACAAAAUAUAUCUUCAAGAAAUAUGAAAGUUCAUUAGAAAAAAACAUUAUUAUCCAGAGUAAACUUUAGAAGAAUCAACUAAGAUGAUUACAGAGGAUGACUCUUAUCAUUGUUCCGAGAGCCUAGAUGAGUUUUCAAAUAAUUCACUGUUGGUACAGGACAAGAGUGCUGCUGCUGCUGCUGCUGCAGCAGGUGAGGAACCAUUUCAGUGCUCAGUCUGUGAAAAAGGUUUUUCUCGUAAAUCUUCUCUGGUCAACCAUUCAAAAGUUCAUAGAGAAGCUAGAGUAUAUCAGUGUUUAGUGUGUCAAAAAUGCUUUUCUGAAAAAUCAUCUUUAGUAAAACAUACAAGAAUUCAUACAGGAGAGAAGCCAUACCAGUGUUUAGUGUGUCUAAAAGUCUUUACUGAAAACUCUGCUUUAGCAAAACAUACUAGAGUUCACACUGGAGUGAAGCCCCACGAGUGUUCAGUAUGUCUAAAGGGCUUCGCGGAAAGAUCCUCAUUAAUACGACACACGAGGAUCCACACUGGAGAGAAGCCAUAUAACUGUUCUGAGUGUCUAAAGAGUUUUUCUCAUAAACCUUCUUUAAUAAUUCAUUUGAGAGUUCAUACAAAAGAGAAACCGUAUCAUUGUUCAAUAUGUCUUAAAGACUUUUCAGUAAAAUCACACUUAAUACAACACACAAGAGUUCAUACAGGGGAAAAACCAUACCAGUGUCCAGUUUGUCAUAAAGAGUUCUCAGUAAAAUCACAUCAAUCACAGCACAUGAGAGUUCAUACAAGAGAAAAGUUAUAUCAUUGUUCAGAGUGUCUCAAAGAUUUUUCUCAUAAGUCUUCUCUAGAAAAUCACAUGAGAUCUCAUACAGGAGAAAAACCUUACAAAUGUUCAGAGUGUCCUAAAGAAUUUUCAAUAAAAACACAUUUAUUACUACAUACGAGAGUGCAUACAGGAGAGAAACCAUAUCAUUGCUCAGUAUGUCAAAAAAACUUUAAACAAAAAUCACAUUUAGUAAAACAUAUGAGAGUUCAUACAGACGAGAAACCAUGAUGGUAGCAUUUAACACACUUGUGCUCUCUAUUCUUGUCUAUUGUUCACUGUUCACAGUACCUUUACAUUGACAGGGAAAUACAUCAGUGCCAGAAACUACAAAAAUGGUUUACUGCUUGCAUAGUCAAUAAAACAUUUAAAAUUGA